UCCGAAUUCGGACAUGCGACAAAACAAAACAACGAUUCUUUAAAAUAAGAACCUCCCUCUGUUUCUCUCUCUCUAUAUCUCCCUCUCUGUUAAUCGAUGGCAGCUUCUGUUGAUCCUUUGGUGGUCGGAAGAGUGAUCGGAGAUGUGUUGGACAUGUUCAUCCCAACCGCCAAUAUGUCUGUCUACUUCGGCCCCAAACACAUCACUAACGGCUGCGAGAUCAAACCCUCCACCGCAAUCAAUCCUCCAAAAGUCAACAUCUCGGGCCAUUCCGAUGAGCUUUACACUCUCGUGAUGACUGACCCGGACGCACCUAGCCCAAGCGAGCCGAACAUGAGAGAAUGGGUCCAUUGGAUUGUCGUGGAUAUCCCCGGAGGCACCAGCCCCUCGAGAGGAAAGGAGAUACUUCCAUACAUGGAACCAAGACCACCAGUGGGGAUCCACCGUUACAUUUUGGUACUUUUCCGGCAAAACUCACCGGUGGGUCUGAUGGUGCAGCAGCCGCCAUCACGAGCCAAUUUCAGCACCCGAAUGUUCGCUGGACAUUUCGAUCUUGGUCUACCUGUGGCCACUGUCUACUUCAACGCCCAAAAGGAGCCUGCUUCACGCAGACGCUAGUACAAGAAACAAACUAAUGCCAUCUAUAAAUGAGCCAAAAAUCCGGAACUUUUUGGUUUAAAAACCGAAAGGAACCUUUACCUAAAAAACCAGAGCGGACAAAAAUGUGGGUAUUAUAUAUCAAACCACAUUUUCUAUUAGUCCGGUUAUAGCUAUGUGCCUAUGUCUAUCUAUAUAGCUUACAAAUAUGUGUAUCUUUUUUUAAAAAUCUUUUUCAUAUGGAGUGUUUGCAAUAAUAUAUGGUGUUCGUCUC